AUGGCUGUCGAGCUUCCCUUUGCUCGCUGGAUCGAGGACAACCAGGACGCGCUCAUUCAGCGCCUCAGGGAGGCUGUCGAGAUUCCCUCGGUCUCUGGAGACGCUUCUUACCGUCCUCAUGUCCACCGUAUGGGCCAGUGGCUCAACGAUGAGCUCGUCAAGCUCGGAGCCGAGAUCCGCUCCAUCCCGAUGGGCCCGCAAGAGCUCGAGGGCCAGACGCUCGACCUCCCGCCUGUCCUCAUCGGCUCGCUCGGCAAGGACCCGAAGAAGCGCACCAUCCUCCUCUACGGCCACUACGACGUCCAGCCCGCCCUCCUGUCCGACGGCUGGAAGCACGAGCCGUUCAAGCUCACGCACGACAAGGACACGGACCGCCUGUACGGCCGUGGCUCGUCGGACGACAAGGGUCCGAUCCUCGGCUGGCUCAACGUCAUCCAGGCGCACAAGGAGACGGGCACGGACCUCCCCGUCAACCUCAAGUUCUGCUUCGAGGGCAUGGAGGAGUCUGGCUCGGAGGGUCUCGAGGAGCUCGUCAUCAAGGAGGCCAAGGGCGAGUUUGCCGACGUCGACGCCGUCUGCAUCUCGGACAACUACUGGUUGGGCACGUCCUCCCCAUGCCUGACUUACGGGCUCCGAGGGUUGAGCUACUUUUCGUGCUCGAUCUCGGGCCCCGGCGCCGACUUGCACAGCGGCGUCUUUGGCGCCGUCGUGCACGAGCCGAUGACGGACCUGUUCGCCCUGUUCAGCAAGCUCGUCACGCCGCAAGGCGAGAUCCUCAUCCCGGGCAUCAACGAGAAGGUCGCGCCGCUCACGGCCGAGGAGCGCAAGCUGUACGAGGUCAUCGACAUCACCCUCGCCGACCUCGAGAGCGCCAUCGGCGGCAAGGUCAUCAUCAGUGACGACAAGGCCGAGGCGCUCAUGGCCCGCAUGCGCUACCCGAGCCUGAGCAUCCACGGCAUCGAGGGCGCGUUCAGCACGCCGGGCGCCAAGACGGUCAUUCCUGCAUCGGUUAAGGGCAAGUUCUCGAUCCGCCUCGUGCCGGACCUCGAGCCCGAAGAGGUCGGCAAGCUCGUCGAGAAGUACCUCAAGGACGAGUUCGCCAAGCUCAACUCGAAGAACACGCUCAAGGUCGAGAUGCUGCACGGCGGCAAGCCCUGGGUCACGUCGAUCGAGCACUGGAACUUCAAGGCGGCGACCGCGGCGACCGAGAAAGUGUGGGGCAAGACGCCCGACUUUACUCGUGAAGGUGGCUCGAUCCCGAUCACGCUCACCUUUGCCGAGGCCCUCAACAAGAACGUCAUGCUCCUGCCGAUGGGUCGCGGCGACGACGGCGCUCACUCUCAGGGCUUCCGCGCGUCGGCGGGAUCCCUCAUCACGAACGAGAAGCUCGACAAGGACAACUUCAUCAAGGGCAGCGUCACGCUCGGCCUCUACCUGCACGAGGUGCCGGCGGCGGCGGCAGCUGCUGAGGCGCAGUGA